AUGGCCGAUAACGCAUCUGAAUCACCUCCAGAAGAAGAACAAGCAUGGCCGAAAAAACAGAUGUUGGAUGAGGAAGAAGAUGAUAACAAGCAACCACUAGAAGAAGAGAAAGAGAAACAAAAAUUGGAAGAGGAAGAUGAUAACAAACAACCACAAGAACGAACAACCAAUUAUGAAGAUUCGGAUGAUGAAUUUACCGAUGAGGAGUUUCAGAGGUACAUCAAACAGGUCAACGAGAGCGGGGGCUUUGACAUUGACAAAAUCCCCAACAAGUAUCCGCUUGGUUUCAUAAUACCAGAUACCCAAUAUGAGUUUGUGAAGGUCCACAAAUUGAACUUGCAGAUUGUUUCAGGUUUUAUGUUUUACAUUACUUUUGAGGCCACGGGUGUUGCUCCAGCCAACGGUUGUGAGCAUUCUACUCACAUUUUUCAAGCUCGGGUCUAUUCCGGAAUUGAGGACAGAGAAGUCGAUUUUUGUAGGCUGAAACCAAGUUAUGGAGCACCUCAGAUGCCUAGAGCAUGUUGCUGA